CUCGGGGGGACGGGGAGGUGGCGGACCGCGGUCAUGGCGGCCUUUGUAGCAAAGAACCGGCGCACGACGCUGGAGCGCGCCGAGAAGUUCGUCUCGCCGCUCUACUUCACCGACGUCAACCUGCGGGGCCGGCUGUUUGGUGCUCGCUGUCCUGUGGAUUCUCUCUCGUAUUUCCUGACACCAUCACGUAUACCAUAUGAAGAGGCAGUGAAAAGAGACUUCAAAGCUGCUAAAGUUGGAGAUUCAUUUGGUCCCACAUGGUGGACGGCCUGGUUCAAGGUAACACUGAACAUCCCGAAGGAUUGGGAGGGCAGCGAGGUGCACUUUGUGUGGGAGAGCGAGGGUGAAGGGCUGAUAUGGAGGAACAACACUCCGAUACAGGGCCUGACAACAGAAGGGGAGAAGACGAGCUACAUCCUGACAGACAAUCUGACCCAGGAGGAGCCGCACAGCCUGGAGCUGUAUGUGGAGCUGGCCUGCAAUGGAUUGUUUGGAGCAGGUCAGGGCACAACGAUCUCCCCGCCAGACCCUGACCGUAAAUUCACUCUCCACAAGGCCGAGCUGGUCGUCUUCAACAGAGGAGCUUAUGAACUGCUGGUCGACUUUGAGAUCCUCACCGAUAUGACGAAGCUCCUCGGACCCGAGGACCAGCGGAGUUACCAGGCGCUGUACACAGCCAACCAGAUGGUGAACGCUUGCGAUGUGACGAAGCCCAGCACCUUCCCCCAAGCCCACAUUAUGGCCAGGACUUUCUUCCAUCAGCGGAACGGGGAGAGCCAGCACACUGUGCACGCCAUGGGGCACUGCCACAUCGACACAGCUUGGCUGUGGCCGUAUGAGGAGACUAUUCGCAAGUGUGCCCGCAGUUGGAUAUCUACUGUGCGUCUGAUGGAGAAAAACCCGAGCUUCACUUUCACCUGCUCACAGGCACAGCAGCUGGAGUGGGUGAAGAGCUGGUAUCCGGGCCUGUACACACAGAUCCAGGAGUUUGCCCGCAAAGGCCAGUUUAUCCCUGUUGGAGGCAGCUGGGUGGAAAUGGACGGGAACCUGCCCUCUGGCGAGGCGAUGGUGCGUCAGUUCCUCCAGGGGCAAAGAUUCUUCCAGCAGGAGUUUGGGAGAAAGUGCUGUGAGUUCUGGUUGCCAGACACGUUUGGCUAUUCGGCUCAGCUGCCACAGAUCAUGCAGGGAAGUGGCAUCAAACGUUUCCUGACACAGAAGCUCAGCUGGAACCUGGUGAACGAGUUCCCGCACAACACAUUCUUCUGGGAGGGCAUCGAUGGCUCCAGGGUCCUGACACAUUUUCCGCCCGGGAAUUCUUAUGAAAUGAAGUGUAAAGUGGAGGAUUUGCUGAAUACUGUUAGAAAUAACAAGGACAAAGGCCGUGUGAAUGACAGUGCCCUGUUGUUUGGGUUUGGCGAUGGGGGAGGUGGACCUACACAGAAGAUGUUGGAUCGGCUGCAGAGAAUGCAGGACACCGACGGGCUCCCCAGGGUAAAACUCUCCACCCCAGAGAUCUUUUUCUCAACAUUAGAAGCUGAUACCACGAUGCUGUGUAGCUGGAUUGGGGAACUCUUCCUGGAAUUACACAAUGGCUCCUACACCUCACAAGCAAAGAUUAAGCAGGGCAAUCGUGAAUGUGAGUGUAUCCUUCACAAUGUUGAAGUGAUAAGCAGCCUGGCGUGGGCCCAGAAAUGCAGUUUCCAGUAUCCAAGCUCCCAGCUGCAGCACCUUUGGAGGCUGUUGCUGCUCAAUCAGUUCCACGAUGUGUUGCCUGGAACUUGUAUUCAGACUGUGGUGGAAGAUGCUGUGAGGUAUUACGAAGAGAUCCGGAGCAGCGGGAAUCAGCUGCUGAAAGAUGCCAUUCAGUGUCUGCUGGGGGUGUCUGCCCAGGAGAGCAGCAGCAACAGUAACGUGCUCAACACCUUGUCGUGGGAACGCACUGAGGUCGUCUCAAUGCCUCGACUAGCAGGGGAGGAGGUUCUCGCUCUCGUAACUGUUCCUAGUGUGGGUUUCGCUACAGUCAUCAAACCUCUCGUCCCAAAACAUCCAGUCAUUGUAACUCCACAGGAAGGUGACUGUGUAGUUAUGGAGAAUGGAAUUCUCAAGGUCAAGUUGGAUUCCAUGGGGCGACUGACAUCACUUUUGCUCCUGAGUUCUAACAGGGAAACGAUUCGUCAGGGUUGCCUCGGUAACCAGUUUGUCAUGUUUGAUGAUGUUCCGCUGUACUGGGAUGCCUGGGAUGUCAUGGACUAUCACUUAGAAACAAGGAAGCCAGUCUCACAAGUGUGGAAACCGCUGGAGGUGGUGUGUUCGGGUGGAGUCAGGGGAAGUGUGAUGGUGUCUAUCCACAUCAGUGAUCAGAGUACAAUCCGCCAGGAAAUCAUUCUGGACGCAUGCUGUCCCUACCUGAAGUUCAAAACCGAGGUGGAGUGGCACGAAGCUCACCAGUUUCUGAAGGUGGAGUUCCCCACUACAGUGCACAGUCACAGCGCCACAUACGAGAUCCAGUUUGGACACUUGCAGCGACCGACACACUGGAACACAUCGUGGGAUUGGGCGCGCUUUGAGGUCUGGGGGCACAAGUGGGCAGACUUGUCGGAGCAUGGCUUUGGUGUGGCGUUGCUCAAUGACUGCAAAUAUGGCUACUCAGUGCACAGAAACACAAUGGCACUUUCACUACUGAGAGCUCCAAAAGCACCAGAUGCCACUGCUGAUCUGGGACAUCAUCAUUUCACAUAUGCCAUCAUGCCCCACAAAGGUUCUUUCCAGGAGGCUGGUGCCAUUCAGUGUGCUUACAACAUCAACUACCCUCUGCACAUUGUCCCUGCUGACCCCAACCUCAGCACGCCCAGCUCCUGGAGUGCCUUCUCUGUUCAGUCUCCUGCUGUCAUUCUGGAGACUAUUAAACAGGCUGAAGAGAAGGACAAUGUGCUGGUGGUCAGAUUGUAUGAAGCACAUGGUAGCACAGUGGUCACAUGGCUACAUACUGCAGUUCCAGUUAAAGCAGCAAUCUGGUGUGAUCUUCUUGAGCGGCCCUUACCUGGGGAGCCUGUGCGAGCCACUGACUUUCAGAUCGAGAUGUCUUUCACUCCAUUUCAGAUCCGCUCUCUCCUGCUCACCCUCUGAUGUGUUCCCACAGACUUACUUAAUGAGCUUACCUGAUGUGAUGCCUCUUUAGAAUAUCAAUGAAAUAGUUUCAAAUGAAUCCCAAUCAAGCAGCACAAAUCUCCACCCUGGAAUCAGGCUGCAGAAAUGUAAGUGUACAAGCACCAUUUGCAGAGCCAGUGGUUUGACCCAGGCAAGGCCCUUUUACAUGUGUGGUGUGAGUGUGUGCGUGUGCUAUGUGACCAGUUUGAUCCAGAACAAGCCCAGCACUGCAGGGAACAGGUGAGGCUGAGGACUGCAAUGCAUAGAAGUGAAUCAGAUAAUUGCACUGUCACCCACCUCGCUCCCUCUCACCAAUUGCUCCAAACAAGCAGCUGGGUUCGAAGGCAAUAUCAAAUCCAGCCUCUUGUUGAAGGUUUUUAAUGCAGGUCGAUUAUGGGGGGUGGGGAUAAGAUGGUAAGACAGAGAUCAACAUGCUGUGGUAACCCAGGCUGCCCCUCGUGUAGGGGCCACACACACCAUUUCCAAUUUGG